GGGCAUAACAAUAACUGGAACAUCGCAUCGCUUUUCAUCUGCGGUUCCUGGAACGCUUCGUAGACUUCGGGGGUUACUUAUCAUCCAAUGUUGGGCCAAUGAAGCGCCUACGAUAGGGCAUACUUAAUGGAUUCCUUUCUCUUGCUUCGUUCAACUUGCACACCCAUUCCGACUUUCAAACGACAACUUUAAAUUUCCCGGCUAGACGCUGUCACCAAUGAUACAGUCUUACCAGAAUAGCGUCGAUAAAGUGAAGUAUCUCACUCCCGAGAGGCACGUCUUUUCAUUGCGGACCACGUUUGGUCUGUGCGUUGGAGACGCGUUGCAAGACAAGGUACCAGGCAGGGAGGACGUGACGGUGUACUGUGCCGCACUGAGAUAUCCGGUUGCGAAAAGCAAACAAGGGUUGACGUUAGUGCUGACCCAUGGAUUGGCUAGUCACAAGGAGAGUUAUCAACCUACGAUUGCGGAUCUCUUGCAGUUGAACGCUGCUGGAACUCGCUAUGUUAACAUGAUUAAAGAAAUAUGGACAAUCGACAUGCCUAAUCACGGCGAAAGUGCGGUUUUGAACCGUACAUAUCUCGAGGAUCGGCGGGAGAGGGGGCGGAAAGAGGGCUGGGAUGGGAAAUGCACGACGAUGGACUUUUCCAGCUAUCUGAAUGCCUUUCUCUCUAUACCACAGCUACGAGGCCAUAAAGUAGUUGGCAUUGCACAUUCAGGAAGCAGUACACCAUGGCAUGUUCCAUCUCAUCUCUCUCAUCUCCCUCCAUCCCUGACUCAUCUCCCUUCGACGCAUCUCUGCAAUCGCAACGUACACAAUACCUACCCUAGGGCACACGCAUUCACGCUCCUCGACCACGACCACCCACACCCCUUCGCUCUCAUAUUCAUCGAGCCGGUCCUCAUGUUUCCUGGUAUGUCCUCUACUGAUCCUCGAGUUGUACACAGCACCGCAAACAUGCGCGGGGCACUUGGGAAGCGGGAUAAGUGGACAAAUCGUGCAGAAGCGAAGCGUUGGUUAUUAGGUAUCCAGGGGAAAAGUCCCAUGGUUGGGCGGGACAAGCAGAGAGAUAUCGAUAUUAACGGCAGUCCGAAAUGGACGGGGAGCGGAAGUCGGAGUGUCGAGAGUGUGAACAGGAAUAUAAGGAAUACAAAUGGCAACGGUAAGGCGAGAGGGAAGACCUUAUGGUCGAACUGGGAUGAUCAAGCGCUAGACUUGUUUGUGGAACACGCACUCGAGGAUGUCUUUGAGCCAACCCCGUCCCUUGAGGGGUCUGCGAAUUCGACCAUGGCGACGAGAAAAUCGAGGCUUUACGUACGGUCCAUGGCUCGCAAGGAGGAGGAAUCGUCGCUGUAUGCACAUUCGCAGCAUACGGUCGAACCUGUGCACCUUACGCACAUGUGCACGGCUCUGGGUGGGCUGCAUAUUAUGUGGGCGGAGUCAGAGGAAUACAUAUCUAAAUCUACCAGAGCCGACAUCCUUGAGGCCACCUCCUAUCGCGUCCGGUCCAACCGCGUUGUCCCUGGCUCGGGCCAUCUCGUACCUCAGGAAACUCCGAGAGAACUCGCGGAAGCACUAUAUGAUGUGCUGGUGGGUCAUGUAGCGGUCGUGGCGGGAGUUAUGAUGCGGGCCUCGCUGUGAUGCUGCAAACGUGGGUGAAGAGCUGGGCGUAGAGCGUCUGGAACGUUCGUAUUAUCGUCAAGAGAGAAUCUCCCUCAUGUCUUCUUCUGGCAUGCAGGUAGGGAGGUGCUGAUUGUUACGGAUGCUGCACCCUGAGGGUGGGCUAUAGGUGAGAGCUUG